CUCUAUAAUUAGCCGGCAAAUCGAGCGGAGAUCGCGAUUUGGCGAUUCGUGGACUCCAUCGUGAGCCCACUCGCGUUCCCUCUUCCGAUUCAAUUUGCAGAGAUUUGACGCCGGGAGACUUCGGGGUUGGGUUGGAUUCAAGGAGGGCGGAGAUGGGGUUGUCUCUAAUCGAGGGUCUCACCAAAUCGCUAGCUAUGACCGUGCUAUCGGAGAUCGGCGACAAGACAUUCUUCGCUGCAGCGAUCUUGGCGAUGCGUCAUCCCCGCAAGGUUGUUUUAUCAGGAUGUUUAUUGGCCUUAAUCGUUAUGACCAUUUUGUCAGCCUCUCUUGGUUGGGCUGCUCCUAAUCUGAUUUCUCGCAAAUGGACACACCAUGUGACAACUCUACUGUUCUUUGGAUUCGGUUUUUGGUCAUUAUGGGAAGGAUUUACAGAAGAUGGCGAGGCUGAAGAAUUUGCAGAAGUAGAAGCUAAAUUGAGUGCUGAUUGGAAGGCUGAAGGAGUUAGCUCCAAAGACAAUCCUAAGCAGAAUGACGACUUAAAAAAACAGCAGCGGCCAUUUCUAACCCAAUUCUUUUCCCCGAUCUUUCUAAAGGCAUUUUCCAUCACUUUCUUUGGCGAAUGGGGUGACAAGAGCCAGAUUGCCACAAUUGGAUUGGCCUCUGAUGUUAACCCAUUGGGUGUUGUUUUUGGGGGCAUUGUUGGGCAAGCAUUGUGCACAACAGCAGCAGUACUGGGAGGAAAGAGCUUGGCAUCACAGAUCUCAGAAAAAAUGGUUGCACUCUCCAGUGGCAUCCUUUUCUUAAUAUUUGGCCUCCAGUCCUUCCUAUCUGAGGCAGAAAACUCAUAAAAUUCGAAAAGAGAACUCUCUUAUUUGUGCGCAUGGUAUCUAUCCUUCUUCCUUGAUUAGCCAAAAGUGUCCAUGGCAAAACAUCCUAUUUAACCACCCUCCCUCAAGAUCAAUUUCUUGACUGCUGCCCAUUUCAGAAGCAGGAUGAACAGUUUCUCAUAUAUUCCAUUUAUCCAUUGAUGCACAGCAUGAUCUUCAGAAAUAUCAAAUGGUUCAUGAAAGAUCAUGUAGGGAUGUUUUUAUUGCACUUCCAAAUCUUCUAGUGAGAGAACUAUUGACUCUUAGUAGACAUUGGUGGGUGGCUUAUCUUAAAAAGUAUUUUUCAUCACUAAUGAAAUAUGAAAAACAUAGAAAAUAGACAAAUUUCUGUUUAAUGUGCUUUAUAUAUUUGUUUA